UUUCGUUCCGUUGUGUCAUGGAAGCUCUUUGCGAACGUGUCUUGGUGCUUGUACCGGCUGAGGAGCUCGAAACAACUGCGAAUCUCGUACUCCAUGAGGAGUUCUUAGCGCUGGACGAAGCGGUAAACGAUGUGCUGGCCGCGUUUGCAAAAUUGGAGGAGGUACGCACUGCAGUCUCGAAGCUGGAACAAGAUUGCGCGUCAAGCACUGGACGUAGCUCGAGUCUGUUGACAAACACAAUUGUCAUGCAACGCCAAUUGGAGAAAGGGCUGCGAAAGAUAGCAGUGAGCGCACCUGUGGAUACUACGGCGGAUGACAAGAAACGAAAGAGAAACCACAAAGACCUCAAGAAAUCUUCUGUGGGAGAUACAGAAUCAGUGGCAAAUACUCAGAUUGAGGGAUCCAAGUCACAGAGUAAAAGUAGAGGUGGUGUUCAUCAAUUGACCCAGGUCAAAACGAAGAAUACAACAGAGAUGACUCCCGCGCCACAGUCGAAGACAAGCUCGCAUACACGCAAUGAAGUCGAUGCUACUACGCGGAGACGGAAAUUGGAAGCCAAGCCACCGAGAUAUUAUAUUGACCGCGUCAAAGAAGUCGACGCACUGCCACCAAAAGAGCGGAUACACUACAUUCCUCACUUGCUUCGGGAACUGACAGUGUUCCUGGAUAAAGAUCGCAGUUACGGCCAGCGCUUUCAAAUCACCGGCGUCUUACAUGAUAUACUUCGAUGGAUCAUUCAGAUGUCAGGACAAGAGAAGCAUCUUGAGAUGCUCCUAGAUUUUACCGAGCGCAUGAAGUCUUUUGUGAACAAACUGCCAAACUCUGCCCAGACACGCGGUCUUCUAAGACUUACGGACAAGUUGUCUGGUGCGAUGCACGGAAAGCGGAUUUCGUUCGGCAAGACCAGAUAUCGGUGACCAUGACGUGGUUGUUUGACCAGCUUACACGAAAAGAAAAGGAAGAAGUAAUCAGAUUCGACUAUGCAUGCGUGAAUGACUAGCAACAUACUGCGUUUAUUAGCGCUUCUCGUA